UGGACAUCAAGGUCUAAAAAUAACAAUUUUUACGCAAACUGGGGAAGAAAAAGACCUUUUGAGAAACGUUACAUCGAUGAUGAAGGACCAGCAUUUGGUAAAAUCAGGCUGAUGGUUGGACACCUCAGAGAGUCCAUUGUGGAUACCUCCUUGAUUUCCAUUAGUUCUGAUGAAGUGGUGAGCCGUGAGGCUGUAUGCUAGGCAAAACUACCAGUGGUCAACCACGUGGCAACAGAAGGUGGAGGGGAACUUUGCCCUUACAUUUCAACACUGCAUAGCAGUGGAGAGUGGUGAUGCUGCCACAGUCAGAGAUGUGAAAGUGUAUUGUUGCUAUGUUGGAUAGAUGUGGCAGCAUGGAUGCAGGUUGCUGACAUCAGUGGGAGCAACAAUAUCCCCAGUCAUCAUGUCCCUGUACAAUGUUGGCUUCAGCACUCUAACUUCUACUGCUGCCUCUCAGCACAGGAAGGCAAUGGAAUGAAUCCCUGGUCCAUCUCUAUCACAACACAGGAGAUACUAGCAGUUUUGCCAAGCAUACCAGCUCACCCAUCACUACUAUGAUACUGGAGGUCCAGCUCUGAGGGCCUUCUGGCGGUUCCCGCACUGCGAGAAGCGAAGUUACAGGGAACCAGGCAGAGGGCCUUCUUGGUAGUGGCACCCACCCUGUUAGAUGGCAAGGAAAUAAACAACUACUGUAUCUGACUUUUAGAAGACAUCUGAAGGCAACCCUGUCCAGGGAAGUUUUUAAUGUUUGAAGUUUUAUUGUAUUUUUAAUAUUUUGUUGGAAGCCGCCCUGAAUGGCUGGGAAAACCCAGCCAGAUGAGCUGGGUAUAAAUUAUUAUUAUUAUUGUUAUUGUUAUUAUUAUUAUUCCCCAGUCAUGGGGAAAUGACAGUCAUGGGGGGAGGGGAAGCACACCCUCAUUUGAAUUCUGUCAUUCACAUGACACAGUGUAAUUAAUAUGUCAUAUGUUUCUGUUCAUCUGAGGUUGUAUCAACCUAAUUUAAAAACCUACUAAGGAACAGAUGAUUGUUAUUAUGUCUUGAUAUUUAAAACCACAGAAUUCAAAGAGGUUUCUGGUGUAGGAUGGGGGGAGCUCAAGUUCCCCACCCCGGCUCUAAAAAGUGACAAACAGCACCAUGUUCCUUGGGAUUGCACUGGUUUAACUGGUGGUAUGCCCCAUGGCAAGCAAUUAUGUGGUGGAGCAGUGGGUUUUAGGAUCGGGCUGUUUUAGAUUUCCUUCCUGCUGUGUCUCGUGGACUCAGUACAUGUUACAGUAUAUAUUUGUCUUAUUUUACCCAUGCAACAACUCUAGAGGCUAAAAGUUGUCAUUGGUUCUUCAUCUUUAUUUGAAUGAUGCUUCUUGGUUGUUAUAGAAACUAUUAUAACUGGCUGCUGCUAUGCCUUUAGUUAUGAGGGGCAAGGGAAGCUGAAGGGCAUGUAUCUGGGGCCCCUUGAAGAUCUGCUGGGUGGCUCUCAGGGUUCUGCUUCUUGGCUUGAAGCCUUUAAAGCAUGUGACAAAACAGUUUGUUUUUUUUAAUGGGCAGUUAUGUAGAUCAUAGGUAUAACUAUGUAAAGCAAAUAAUGUUUCCACAAACCUACUGCUUUUAUUUUGUGCAGGCCAGCUUGCGCUGCUUUCAUUUUAGGCUUGAGUCAACAGUCUUAUAAAACAGGCCAGUUCUUAAAUGUGAAGUGAAUACAUGUCUACAUCACUGUGACUAUUAGCAUGUCUUAGGCAACAGAACUAGCAGCUGUUCUAUGGGAGAUGCAACUUGUUUAAAAAUGCAUGUAGCUGUGACUUUAAGUAAAUUAAAGUACAGUAAAUGCAACUUCCUUUAUUUGGUGCUUGUAUUUUGUAUAUGCACACAUUUGUGGAAAAUAUCGAAGAAGUAUCUUGAAUACAUUAGCAUGUGACAGUUUUCUCUGUGCAAAUUUGAAUCCGCUGCAGCCAUCUCUUAUAUAUAAUCUCUCUGAGGCCAUGUUUACAUGCUGUGUUUGCGAUAAAGGCACGAUAGCCUCCAGGGAAGCCUCUUUAUUGUUCUGUGCAGCGUUCAUGUCUCUUCUUUGGUUUAUGGUUGUCCAGCGUAGCAGCUGCUGGUUUGUAGGGUUCUAAAGUUUCUUUUUAAAAAAACAUUUCAACACUGCUAAACAGUCCUGGACUCCAGCUGAUUUUCUGAAGUGACCUCUGAAGGAACAAAAAGAGACCGCUCCAAUUUCCUGGCAUCUCUGAACCCAGUGGAAGACAUUACACAGCUGUGAGGCACUUCUAGCCAGGAUUUUGAAUUGGCUGGUUCUCUUCUAGUAGAGCUAUUUCCUUUCUAGGUUGAAGUCCUGAUUUCUCUGGCUUCCUUAAGAUUAUUCUGUAUCAGAAAAUUUCCAACCUUGGCUUUUGCAGAUUUUUUACAUUGCCAUUCAUAAUCUUUCAGUGAAGUCAUCUAAUUUUCAUUUGUCACUUCUGAAGACAUAAAUUAGUACACUGCAGGUGCCCCUGAAACAAGCGUUGGUAAACCUUUAAGGCAUGAUUCACUAGGUUCACUUUAAAGAAGGCUUCAGUGGCCAAGCACACAAUAUAUAGUAAGCAAAGCUUUCUCAAUGAAGAAUAUGUAAAAAGAUUAGGUGUAGAAAGAACAUUUGCUUCCAUCUCUUUCUAAAAAAAAGUACAAUAUACAUUCUUGGCUGAGGGCAUCUAAAAUGAAAAUACAACGUUGGGAUUAUUACAUCCUCCAAAGAAUCUUAGUUGAACUCGUGUAUCUUAUUUAGACUUUAGUUACCUUAUUUAUCAUCACCAUUAUUAUUAUUAUUAUAUGUAUGACAGGCAACCCAAAGUUAUCUUGACGAAUGUCCUGAAGACGGAAAUAGGAAGAAAAUACAUAAAGACACAGCUUAUAACUGAUAUAACUCAUGGUGUCCAGUUGCAGUCAGAUCAACAAACCUCACCAUCUGUUGACAGUGUAGAGAUACGGCAAAUAUUAAGUCCUCUUCAGCAAAACCUUUUUAUAUCUAGAAGGCAACCCAAAGUUACCUUGACAGAUGUUCUGAGGACGAAAACAGGAAGAAAAUACAUUCAAAGGCACCUUUUAACUGAUCCUAAUCUAUCUGAUGCUAACAAGUUGCAAUCACAUGAACAGACCUCCUCAACCAUUGCCAGCCUAGAGUCAUGUCAAAAAAUAAGCUCUCAAGAAAGCAGUAUUUUACCUAAAAGGCAUGGGACAUCUCAACGAAGGCCGAAUGACCAGAAACCAUAUAAAGAUGCAGAAACUCAUAGCACUUUUUUGACUUUAAAAAGAUGUGACGUGAUUCUAGAAGACUGUAACAUAAAGAAUAAAGAAAGAGAUCGGCCAGAGAAAACAAGAAAAGAUUCCAAGAAUCUCUAUCCGGGUUUGAGGGAAGCAAGCUUUCAAAACAGUGAGAGCAGAAAAAGAAGGAGUGAUGUUUUCUCAAAUCAACGUAACAUAUAUUCCUCACCGAAAUCACCGCUACCAAGUAAAGAACAGAGAACAGAACCAAUUCAGUUACCUGGCUGCAGGAGCUCAGGUGAGAAUUGCCCGAGUCACACGCAUAGUCCUCAGCAGGAAAAUAUUCCCCAACCAUUGGAAAUGGACUGUAGUGAAGCAUUUGCCAGCACCAAUGAGAACACUGCUGCCCACUGUCCAGGGGAAAAAUGGUCCUACUCUUCUCCCAAGAGAAAGCAGCCUUCUGUCACCAGUAAGGAUGAGCUGGUUUCCCCACUCCUCAGCUCUGCUCAGAAAAAGAAAUCAAAUACAACUCUACCUCCCAAAGAGCCAUUGAAUAGAUCUGAAAGGAGUAAAAAGUCGGCUGAUUCAACUGAACCAAUUGUGCUUUCUAGUGAUGAAGAAGAGGGACCCGCAGAGACAGAAGAUCCAGAGAGAGACCUGCAGACUGGGGAAAGCCUCAAACCUGAGGAGGAGGAAAUGGAACAAGAAGCUGCAUUACCUUUGUCAGAAGGGCAGCUAUCACAGGUUGCAGCUGAAAGUGAAACAGAACAAGUUUCAGCUGAACCGCUUCAACCGUGCUCCUCUGCAGAUCAUAGCACCUUCGGCGAUCAGAUGGGUCUUGCCUUAGAUAUAAAUUUUGAAAUGAUUUAUAUUGGAAAAUAUAAAGGAAAAGCAACAGGUUGUGCCAGAUUUACCGUCAGCUACAUUCAGAUCCCAUUUGAAGUGGCUCAUAAGAAGAUUGAACUGUCAGUGGAUUCCGUGCACUUAAGAAAGUUUGGGCUGUGGAUGAAUAAAGAUUCUUCAACUUCGAGGAGCUGCAAUACCAUUUUUCUUUGGCUGUCAUCGGAUUAUGUGGAGCAGAUUGAAAAGCAAAUUGGAACACUUAUAUUAAACAAGCAAGCCAAGAAUGCUGAGUUUAUUUUUAUUAAGCUGCCUCAGCUGCUUACAGAAGAUGAUCAGGUCAUACUGAAAAAAAUAAUUGUGGAAGUGAGGAAGAAGAAUGCCUCUCCAGACCUCUGUGACUCCUUACAGUGGCAGGACGCUUUUCUGUUUCUUAAAGAUAUCCCAAAGGAAGAAAACGCCUUCCUUGAUCAUUGCUAUGAGUCAUACCAGCAGCACUUACAGAAGGACAGCACUUCAGUUCUGAUGGAACCACCCCCUCGGGAAUCAAAACCAAGCCUCAACAAGCCCAGUUACAUGCUACUGCAGAAGCCAAAUAAUGGUCACUAUUCCUUUUCCAUCACUUCGGUGCAGAAGAAUGAGUGGAAAGAGUUGCGAGUGACUGGACCCGUUCGGAACUUGAUUGUUUACCCUCCCCCACCUGCCAAAGGGGGGCUGGGUGUCACAAGAGAAGAUUUGGAGUGUUUAGAGUAUGGAGAAUUCCUCAAUGAUGUGAUCAUUGACUUUUACCUUAAGUAUCUGUUGUUGGAAAAAGCCCCCAAAGAACUUGCUGAGCGGUCCCAUAUAUUUAGCAGCUUCUUCUAUAAGUGCCUGACAAGGACAGAGGCAAGCACUGAAGAAAACCCUAAUCUUUCAAUAGCACAAAGAAGACACGGAAGAGUAAAAAGAUGGACUCGACAUGUAAACAUUUUUAGCAAAGACUACAUUUUUGUGCCUGUGAAUGAAGAGUCUCAUUGGUACAUUGCACUUAUUUGCUUCCCUUGGCUGGAAGAAGUUGUAUAUGAGGAUUGCCCAGAUCAAGGUUCACUGCAGUCGUGCUCCCAACAAUCUUCAUGUCAGCCAGAAAUUAAACAUGACACUGUUAGAACAGAAACAGUUUUGGUCUUUAAUGAUACCAGGAGUGAUAAAGAGCAGCCAGACUUAAAUAGCAACCUACAGCCCAAAGAUAAUGUUCAGCAGGCAACUGUGUCCCCAGGAUUGGAUCACAAAGCUCUCAAAAGCUCCUCAAGCACUUCUAAAAUUAAGAAAAUUUGCAAAAGGCCAUGUAUCCUCAUCUUAGAUUCCCUAAAGGCAAGUUCUGUGCAGAAUACAGUUCAGGUCUUGAGAGAAUAUCUAGAAGCAGAGUGCGAAGCAAAACGCACAUUUCGCGUGUUCGACAAAUCAACAAUGGUGGAUUUCUGUCCGAGAGUCCCCAAGCAGAAUAACAAUAGCGACUGUGGAGUAUAUUUACUCCAAUAUGUGGAAACUUUCUUCCAGAAUCCUAUUGUUAACUUUGAUCUUCCAAUGCACUUGGAGCGGUGGUUCCCUCGCCAGAUGGUGAGAAGCAAGCGGGAAGAAAUUAGAGACUUAGUCUUGCAGCUUCACUUGCAGCAGCAGAGUGGCACCAAAAGCUAGCCUGAAUUUCCUUCCAAUUUUGCAAAAGAACUUUGUCCCAGACGUACUGGAAAUCCAAUCGGCAGCAUUUGUGCUUCCAUUCUUGCAGAGAAGAAAAACUGCAGAUAAAAUUCAUUGUGAGAAAAUGGAACUGCAUAAUAGCAAUUAUGUAACUUAAAGUAAAUAUUUGUGACACCGACCAAUUUUAUUUGGAAUAUAGAAGCAGCAUAACUGGAAUGUGCUGCAGAGAUGGGGAAACAUUUUAGCCCUAAGGGGUUCAUUCCUGGUUUCCAGAUACAUCUGGAACUGUGUGAAACUACAUGAAAGGGAGACAUUAAUAUCCCAUUUUAGGUAGGGAUUCUUCCCAUGUGAUGUCUUAAAGUCAUAGUGUGUGCUUUUGCAGACAUCUCUCCCAUGUCAAAAAUGGUAUUGUUGAACAGAUGUUUAUUCUGGUUACUUUGAAUAGGACACAAAUGCUACUGGUCUCUGUGUUUUUUUGGAUUCUGACAUACCUUGCUCUUUCUUAGGAGUCGACAUGCCUAAAACCUUGCUCUGUUACAUUUUUGGAAUUCAAGAGUGGAAUGUAAAACCAUUCCUGAAAUUUAGAAAGAGGUGCUCAUUUUUUUCCUGUGUCUGACUUGAUCACUUAAACCAGAUUCAGAGCUGUAAUCGUUCUCUGCUGUGCAGCAGUUAAAACGAAUGCUAUGAAUACUAUGUAUUUCACUAUAUAAUAAUAUAAGGCCAUAUGGUCUUCGCUGUACUGGAUACAGUUGUAGCUUACAUCUGACAGGGCAUCACCCUGGCAAGAGUUCUUUUAGUGUUUCAGUAAUCGUAUUUGUUUGUGGGGAGUGGGGAGAGAAAUGUGAUUGUUCAUCACUUUGGCUAAAAUCCUAUUUUCACUUAGGGUGAAGCCCAUGUAGCAUGAGCAGGCAUUUGCUCGUGCAAAGGGGCUUCUCCUUCUUCUGCUUCCCCAGCCGCCCACUCUGUGAUUCUGUGACAGAAUUUGUGGUAUGUGAGUGGCAGGAACUGAAGGAGAAGAUAAACCAUUGCACAAUCAGGUGGGCACCAUUGGUUGUCACCCUUACCUACAAGUUAAGUCCCACCGAACAUAAUGGGACCUAGAACCAGGUAAGCAUGCGGAGGGUUACGUUGUGAGUAAUGUAACCAAAUUUUGUGGAAGGGGAAACGCCUGGUUUUAAAACAGGCACUGUUUUACUCAAAAGACUCAGUUAUUCCAGAGACAUGGCAUACUUUGAAAAGCCGAAUGCUUGUGAUUCCGCCAAGUACCUCUACAAAAGCUAAUCAUGCAAGAGGUUCAGCUGAAGUAAAAGUCUCUGUGUUGCAUUGUCAUACAUUUAAAUCGGGAUUGAACAUGUAUUUGAUAAGCUACAAGCACUGACUGAAAAAAAAUGUAGCUCUUUUUUCAGCAAAGAUGUGAGUUUUCUCACAGGCAUGCUUCUGCCAUAAUUCAUAACAGAAGGGAAAAGAUACCUGUUAGAGAAGGGGGUUUUAUUUUUAUUUUAGUACCCAGUAGGUAAAUGAGUAUACCAUUACUGUGUUUGAAAAGUGUAUUUAAAACAACAGCUACCCAGAACUCCUAUAUUAUAAACUAGAACCACCACUAAUGACUUGGGACAAACAAAACAAAGCCCCGGAAACUUGAAGUGAAAAUGUCUUUUAAGCACAGAAAUACUUGUUUCUUGCAUUGACUACUGAAAUUGUAAUGGCUAGAAAGUUCAAAUACUUUUGAAGACUCACGUCGCAUACCCUUUUUUUCUGCAUGAGAUAACCGGGGGGUGGGGGGCAGACUACAUACACUGCCUGUUUUGAACAUGGCAAGGUUGUGUAUUUUGCUCUGAUUACAUGUAUUGGAAAUUCUGUUUCAAAAUAUCUGGAUCACAGCAAAAUAGACAUUUGAUGUUGCCCUCAAAUAUACAUUUUCUGUAUGCACAUAGUAGUUAUCUUUUAAAAAAAAAGUACGUGUGAAGUGUGGCACUGAGCCAAAACAAGUGUCACAGAAAGAAGAAAAGGUUCCUUAGAAGUUACUUUGCUACGGUGGUACCUAGCAGGGGCACUUGACAUAUAUUUCUUUGCCUAUAGCUGUUAUAAUUGGAUUUUCUGCUCACAUUUCUGUUUAAAAUACUCCCAUGUCCUUUGCCAUUCAAAUGUGAAUCGUCUUGGUGUAACUUUCAUGGGGCUUACGUGUUUCGUGUUCAGCCGGAUCUUCAUUCUUUCUCAUAUGGGCUCCACACUGUCUUUCUCUCGUGUAUUAUUGACUUGCUUCAUAUCAAUGAGAAUAUCAGAGGAAAGAAGAACCAUCUCAGCCCUAGUAUAUAUACAAUACAAGGUGAUAAAGCUUGCGGGGCCAUCUCCCCCAGCAUGGAGAUCUAAAGCAUCUCAGUAAGAACCCAGCAGCAAUAAAUGCCUCCAAACUUAUUUAUUAAUUAAGAAUGGUCACAUUGUUUAUACUGAAUGGCAUAUUGGAGUGGAUGGGUGUUUAAUUAUUAUAAAUUGUAAUGUCCGUUUUAAGUUUCUUCCAUAAAAUUACCUGCCUGUUUUGGAUCUUGAGUUCAUUUGUAUGUUUGUUUUUCAAAUUAAAAGAAACAGCAACUUUGUUAGAACAAAUUUGUUUGUUGCAUUUUUUUACCCUUCCAUUCGCUCAGCAUCAUAUACAGUACAUGGUUCCCUACCUCCUCUCUUAUCUUCACAACAAUCCUGUGAGGUAAUAAUUUGGCCAGCUUCACAUGACUAAACCUGGGUGUCCCUAGCUGUCCAGUUGUUUGUCUCGUGAGACUAUGGAAGAGUGUGCCUUCAGGGAUGAAGUCAAACUGUUGGAGAGUUACAGCGCCUGUUGUGGCUGUUGAGACCAAUACAAGAGAGGCAUGCUUUGUUACAGCUGGGGCAGAUGAAGGCGUGCGGUUGUGCUGAUGCAUGUCUGUUGUUGUUGUUUAGUCGUUUAGUCGUGUCCGACUCUUCGUGACCCCAUGGACCAUAGCACGCCAGGCACUCCUGUCUUGCACUGCCUCCCGCAGUUUGGUCAAACUCAUGUUCGUAGCUUCGAGAACACUGUCCAACCAUCUUGUUCUCUGUCGUCCCCUUCUCCUAGUGCCCUCAAUCUUUCCCAACAUCAGGGUCUUUUCCAAGGAUUCUUCUCUUCUCAUGAGGUGGCCAAAGUAUUGGAGCCUCAGCUUCACGAUCUGUCCUUCCAGGGAGCACUCAGGGCUGAUUUCCUUAAGAAUGGAUAGGUUUGAUCUUCUUGCAGUCCAUGGGACUCUAGAUGCAUGUCUACCAAGACAUUAUACCAUAUUGGCCACAUAUCUUACAUGCACACAAUUAAGGGUUUUUUUCAGUUUUAGUUUUAAGUUCAGUUUGCCCCAUUUUCCACAUCAGUAUGCAAACUAAAGUUUUGCAUGCAAUUGUCUAUAAGGAUUGUAUAGCUAAAAAAGCCAAUGCAAUUAUGGGCUGCAUCAAUAGGAGUAUAGCAUCUAGAUCAAGGGAAGUAAUAGUACCACCACUGUAUUCUGCUC